AGAUGUGGUUCAUACGCGCCAUCUUGUUGAUGAGUUGGAUGGUGAUGGGUCCGUAGCACAGCCUUCAUCAGUGCCCGACAUGUUCAUCGUGGCACGCUUCAGCCUCAUGGAACUCCUAAAGGUGUGCACCGUGUGCUCAUCAUCACCCACAAACGUGCAGCUCACAACAAUGGGAACACUUGCAAGAGCCACAAUCACUUGCGAGAAUGGCCACAGGAACCAGUGGGCAAUAUUGCAAUGUGCUCGGCAAUCCUUUUCUCUCGUAGCAUCAUCACCAAGUCACUGCGCCUGUUCGACAUCAUGGGCCUUGCUCAUAUACAUCGGAGUCAGUACUUCCUCUACCAGAAGUGCUCUUUAUUUCCAGCAAUACAAGAUGUUCAAAGAGCUAGCUGGCACAUCACAGGAUUCUCCUGAUCAGUCACAGGUCUGGGAUAAAGAACGGGCAGCAGUGCUGGAGAAGCUGGGGGACAGGCCUCUGCACCUUGCUGGAGAUGCACGUUGUGAUUCUCCUGGGCACACCGCACUGCACGGCACAUAUACGAUAAUGGAGACCACGAUCAACAGGAUUGUACAGUUCGAAGUAGUUAAGGCAACAACCGUGUCUGCCAGCUACUGCAUGGAACAGAGGGGGCUCGAGCUUUGCCUUGACUACUUCACAGCUAAAGGGUUGGUCGUCGGCACACUGGUCACUGACAGGCACUCACAGGUGAAAACUUUUCUGAAGGACAAGCACCCGAGUACCAGCCAUCGUUUUGAUGUGUGGCACGUUGCAAAAGGCAUCAAGAAAAAGGUCGCUGCAGCAUCACAAUCUAAGAAGCACCGAGUUCUUCGACUGUGGUGCGAAAGCAUAAUCCGCCACCUAUAUUGGUGUGCGCGCACCAGUGACAGUGGCGAUCUCAUGCUUGCUAAGUGGACGACGAUCAUGCGGCACGUCAUCAAUAUACACACCCAUCCAAAUAGCCUGCACCCUGAGACAUGAUUUCACCUGAGACUCAAAUACAAAGAGCUUCCAGUUUUUCUAUUCAUUCUUUGGGACCUGUCAAUAUUAUGU